CUCCGCAAGACAGCUUGGGUAACUAUACGGCAUCACACGAUCAUUCUUGAGAUCUUUCACCAGGAGAGAGUAUACUGAACUAGAGGUCUAUCCCCCAUUAUUGGGCAACCAGGUCAAUCACGACUUGACUUGUUUAUGAAACAAUUUAAUCUGCCAAGCCCCCAGGACUGACACCAUAAGAAGCAGCUGUUAAUACUUUAACCCCUCCAUCCCACCAACGCAAUCAGGAGAAAUGUCCUGGACGAACCAGCCAGACUGCUCCUGCACAGCCGAGCUAACCCAACUCUCCUCUCUCCUGCCAAACCCCGCGCCAGGCCCCUUUGAAUUCAGUCUCCUGACGACCCUCACCGCACCGCUAGAAGAUCUCCUGAAAUGCGUGGAACGCUGCAAGGAGCAGCAUAACCAACCGACUAGUACCGCCGCGGCCGUCACUAUAGGCGCCCAGAACCAGAACCAGAACCAGAACCCGAGCCAAAAUCCCGAAGCAAACCGCGGGCUGGUCCCGCUCGCCGAUUCAAUCCUCGCGAUCUGUCACGCUUCGUGUGCAACAUAUGAUCUUGUUGACGAUGGCGGCGGCGGCGGAGCUGGUGGUACUACAUCUAGGAGUCCGGGGAGCAGCGAAAACACACCGAGUCCAUCGAUUGCAGGCGCAGGGACAGAGCCAGGACCAGCGCAGCAGCACGAUCGCGCUGGGGUCUUGUUCUCGAAUCCAUCAGCCACCUGGCGCUGUAUAAAGACGCCCAUGGUGCUGGGUUCGCUGACUCUGCGGGGCGACGAAGAGGCCCUCCUCGCGAGGCAAAUCGUUUACACGGUCCUGACCAGUCUAAGUGCUUUGUUGCGGGUGGUUUACAUUCAGGAUAGGGAGGCCGGGCAGGGUCACGCCAUGAGCCUCGGCGCUGGACAGGAAUAUUCUGGCGCUGGGGGGGCGCUGUACGGGCGCGAGGUUACAAUCGAUCGGAAUGGGUAUAAUUGUAAACACAAAGCGCUCAAUUGGAGCUUACUCUUAGGGUUACAGUAUACGUAUUCAAACCAGUCCACCAUGGCCACGGCAUCCCUCCUCUUCGUAGCAAGCGCAGCCCUCGCUUUAAUCGUCUUCAUCGCUGGCAAGGCCCUGCGCGUUGGUUCGCGUCCAAAGGGACUUCCGCCCGGUCCGCCAACCGAGCUGAUUUGGGGAAAUACAAGACAGAUCAACCUGCUAUACCCACAAUACCAGUACGCAGAAUGGGCAGCGAAGUACGGACCCGUUUACACAGUCAUGCUGGGCGACACGGCGCAUGUUAUUGUCAGUGGACUCCAAGAGCUGCGCAACAUUUUCAUCAAGCAGGGGGCAAAGUCGCAGGCGCGGCCACCCUCUCGGUUCCAGCUACUCAUGCGCGACGGUUUCUUCCCGGGGCUGAACAACGGGGAGAAGUGGCAGCAGGCGCGUAAAAUGUGGCAAACCGUCCUCAACGGCAGCGCAGCCAAACAGUACCUACCCUACCAGGAGCUAGAGACUCGCCAGCUGCUAUUUGAUCUCCACCGUGAACCGGAGGAGUGGAGAAACCACAUUGAGCGCUACAGUAACAGUGUGGCGAUGACAAUGGUCAAUGGGAGGCGCAUCAGCGACGCCGCGGACCCGCGGGUCAAGGAGACCAUCCAAGAUCUGUACGACCUGGCCGAAACGGGCGUGCGCGGUGCAUUUCUCGACUCGUGGCCAUUCCUUUGGAAACUCCCGGAGUGGAUCUUUCCAGUGUGUAAAAGGGCACGCGAGAUCGCCGCGAAACAUCGCGAGUUCAUCUGGAGGAAUUACUCGGAUGUUGCAAAGCGGACACGCCAAGGCGAGGUGUUGCCGUCUAUCAACCAUGCCAUCCAGGAAAAGCUCAAGCAGGGCUGGUCAGGAGUGUCGGAGAUCGAAGGUGCAGAGAUUGGUCACCAUCUACUGACGGGCACCACCGAUACAACGGCUUCAACCCUGGUCAACUGGGUCGCCGCCAUGUGUCUGAACCCAGAAGCACAGCGAAAGGCCCAGGAAGAAAUUGAUCGGGUUGUCGGCCCGGAGCGGUUGCCCACCGACGAGGACGCGGCCAAACUGCCGUACGUCCAGCAGGUAAUCCAAGAGAGCCAACGCUGGAUCACGUCUGUUCCUCUGUCACUCCCCCGCGCAGCAAAUGGCCCAGUGCACUGGGGGGGAUAUACAAUCCCCGAGGAAACCGGUCUGAUAAUGAACUCUCACGCAGUCCACAACGACCCAGAUAUCUUCCCAGAGCCGGACAAGUUCAAGCCCGAGCGAUGGGCAGGUAAGCCCAAUGCGGGCUCCAACGGCGAUUCGCAGCUUCUUUUCACGUUCGGUGCAGGCCGUCGAAUCUGUCCGGGGCAGCAUCUUGCAGAAAGAAGUCUGUUCCUUGUCAUUUCGCAUUGGUUAUGGGCCUUUGAUACUUUGCAAGCGACGGAUGACGAGAAGAACAAGGUCCCCAUCGACAGGAAUGAUUUGAGGCCCGGGUUCAUCGUCUGCCUGAAUCCGUUUGAGGCAAAGAUCACACCUCGUUCGCCUCGGCAUUCCAGGGUGAUUGAAGACACCUGGAAGGAGGAGUUGGAGGUGUCGCUGGACGAAAACCAGCAAUGGAAGGCGACACCAGAUGGCAUUGCCAGGCUUAUUGAAAGAGUAGGAAAGUAA